UUUGUUACUUGCUCAUGUAUCAUGUGAAAACACUGCACAUUUAUUUAAUAAGUAUCAAGAUAGCUUAUUAGCAAGUAUUUAUUUCUUGAGCAUAUUUAGGGAGUGAUAAUUCCUGCCAUCAUGGUCUCUGCAAUGAUACAGAGCAGAAAACCCCAAUAUAACCCUGCCAUGAAUCAGAAUGCCAUAAACCUAUUAACAUUUCAAAUAAUUUCAAAAUACUUUCCCACCAGUAGGUACAGAUUGGAUCCAGAUGCUUUAUUAACAGAAAGAAUAAUUAACCAGUACCUCCAUAAGGAAGAAUGACAGUGAGAUGAGUUCCCCAUGAAGCCUUUGCAGGCAGCUGACUGGGUAUUUCAGAAAAAGACUUCAUAAACUUGCCUAAACCUGAUGAUAUUAGUGACAAAGAGGAGAUUAAUCUCAGCCUGGCUGAAAGCCCAAGAUCAAUACUGAGAAACCAAACUACACCCUCAGCUUCAUGUUUCCAUGAGCCAGCAAAGCCAGAAAUAAACACUGUGGAGGCUGAGCUCUGCGAGACGCGGUGGCGUUCGUUCCUAGCUCUGAAGACCAGGGUUUGAUGAGCAGAUGCUUGGCUGCAGUCCUGUGUCACCUUGGGGACAUGCCACAGCUGGGACUUCGGGGGGUGCUGGAGGUUGGAGCCGAGACCCACAUCUCAGGGUUUUUUGGUGCUGAAUUUCAAUGCUGUCUAUGACAGCUUGACCUAGACCCUUAGUGAGAGCCAAGCCCAAGAUACCCUGUGAACAUGUCCCUGUUGUGGGGGGACUGUGAGAUACAGCCCCAGAAGUUCGGGUCAAGCGCUGCCGUGGAAUCCACUGAAGUCCAGGUGGUUUUAGGCAGAUGUGAAACCACCACUUUGCAAAUGUUGGGUUUAACCGUAAGCUCUGGCAGGUCCUGAAGUGGGUUUUGAUUCUCGUGGAGACCACAGGCUUGCACGGGUGUUGCUCCCGCAGAGUCCCAGGUGACUGCAGGGAGCACGACUGGUACCAAGCAGAUCAGUGCAGACCCCCAGGAGGGCUCAUGACCAGCUGGGUCCUCGUGUGGGGUCCGUGGGGUUUUACACGGGUCUGGCUCUCAUGUGGCCUCUUCUGUGCUUUCCCCACAGGCGAGAGCCUGAGCCCGAGCCGUGGGGCCACCAAGAGGAAGAAGAAGCAGAGGAGAAACCGCACCACCUUCAACAGCAGCCAGCUGCAGGCUCUGGAAAGGGUCUUUGAGAGGACACACUACCCCGAUGCCUUCGUGCGGGAGGAGCUGGCAAGAAGGGUCAACCUCAGCGAGGCAAGAGUCCAGGUCUGGUUUCAGAACCGAAGGGCCAAGUUUCGCCGUAAUGAGAGGGCAAUGCUGGCCAACAGAUCGGCAUCGCUCCUCAAAUCCUACAGCCAAGAAGCAGCCAUUGAGCAGCCCAUGGCGCCGCGGCCCACUGCGCUGACCCCAGAGUAUCUCUCCUGGACCAGCACCUCCCCAUACAGCACUGUGCCCUCCUACAGCUCCAGUGGGACCGCGACGCCCACCCAGGGGGUGAACAUGGCCAACAGCAUCGCCAGCCUGCGCCUCAAAGCCAAAGAGUUCAGCCUCCAUCAGAACCAGGUGCCGACCGUGAACUGACCAGGGCAAAGCCCACCCCGUGGCCUCAUCCAGGAUACAGCAUGUUGCUCCUGUGCCGGUCCAGGACCGCCCGCCCAACCCACAUGCCACUCAUCCAACAUCUCAGCACCUCUCUUCUCCUCUUCUCUUCCCUUUUGAAGGUAGAGUCAGUCCCAGGCCAAAGUGGCACAUAAUUAUAGCCACAUAUGGAGCAAACUUGGUUAGAAACUUGCUUUUCCGCACACCCUUAUAAUAAAGGCUAUAUAUACACACACAUACCCCCCACGCGCUCUUCGAGGACAAACAGAUUUGCCAAGGGAACAAGAAUUUGCUUCCAAACAUGGAAGGAUCUUGGACUAUUGGAUUUGACCAAUUUGG